GCCUCAUGGCCCCUCGCCUACACUGUCUGUGGCACCCACACUCCGGACCCGUAUCGAUAUUGCCUAGCCACGCUCCCAUCUUCCUUCCUCACCUGCGCAGAUUUAUCGAUCCCUCACCCCAAUCGCAGUAGCGAUCGCAGCAGAGAUGGCAGCUCUCGCAGCUACUUCCGCGGCUUCCAUCGCUCUCGCUAUCCCUCAGGCCUCGUCCGGGGCUUCCACUUCUAGGAGCGUCAACCUCCGCCUCUCUGGUAUCCAGGGUCAGAAGCUCGCCGCUGUAUGCAAUGGCUCCCGCGUCGUGGCCAAGGCUGCAGGAGCUGCCCCCGACGCCACUGCUGAGGCGCCCAAGGGUUUCACCCCCCCGACCUUGAACGCUGAUACCCCUGCCCCCAUUUUUGGUGGUAGCACUGGGGGCCUUCUUCGCAAGGCUCAGGUCGAGGAGUUCUAUGUCAUCACCUGGGAAUCACCGAAGGAGCAGAUUUUCGAGAUGCCCACCGGUGGGGCUGCCAUAAUGAGGUCCGGACCCAACCUGUUAAAACUGGCCAGGAAGGAGCAAUGCCUUGCGUUGGGCGCUAGGUUGAGGACCAAGUUCAAAAUCCAGUACCAGUUCUAUCGUGUCUUCCCCAAUGGCGAGGUGCAGUACCUCCACCCCAAGGACGGAGUCUACCCAGAGAAGGUGAACGCUGGAAGAACAGCUGUGGGAGUCAACAACAGGAGCAUUGGGCAGAACGCCAACCCCGCCGAGCUUAAGUUCGCCCACAAACAAGCCUAUGAUUUGUAGACAUUACAUCUAUUUGUAUAUCAUGAUGAAGUGUGUGUUGUAAGCCAAAAUUCCCUGCUUUUAUCUAAAAGCAUCGCAAUGCGUUGAUGAUAGAUGUUGUGUGAGAGAUGAUGGAUCUAAAAAUAAAUUCCGGAGAAACUGGAAUCUGGCAUCAUUGGAAUCUGAGUUUGUGUAACACUCGCAAUAUGUAGUUUGAAGGACAUAUUGUCCGUUUAACCCUAAUCGGAUGUGACAUCCUACAUGGCGGGUUACCUUAACUGUGGAAUCAGUUUGGAAGUAAGAAAUACUAAAUCACUUGAAA